AUGUUGAUUAUUAGUUGGCUUCCACAUGAAGAUAAUCAGAGAGAAUUAUGUAAGGUUGUUGAAUUCCUUUUACAAGAAGCCUUACAUGGAAGGGAAAAAUUUGACAGCUAUAUAAAGCUCUAUGAAAUCCUUGGGACUUUAUGCAGUGACUUGCUAAGCUCAAAGGACAUCCUGGAUUCCUUAAGGAAUGAGAAUGUUGACCUGAUGAUUUUGGAUUCAGUAGAUUUCUGCUCUUUGCUGAUUGCUGAGAAACUUGGAAACCCAUUUGUGUGCUUACUUUCCACGGCAUUUGCUAACGGCAACUUUGGGUUGCCAAGUCCAUUGUCUUAUGUUCCAGUAUACUAUCCACUGCUGAGUGGAGAAAUGGACUUCUGGGGCCUAGUAAAGAACAUUCUAAAGUCUGUUGAUUUUCCUAUGAAGCAAAAAAAAAAGUACUCUACCUUUGACAACACCAUCAAGCAGCAUUUCGCAGAAGGCUCUAGGCCAGUUUUGGCUCAUCUUCUCCAGAAAACAGAGUUUUGGUUUGUGAAUUCAGAUUUUGCCUUGGAUUUUGUCAGGCUUCUGUUUCCUAACACUGUUUAUAUUGGAGGCAUCCUGGACAAACCUGUAAUGCCAAUACCACAAGAAUUGGAGAACUUCAUUUCUAAGUUUGAAAUCUCUGGUUUUGUUCUUGUGUCCCUGGGCUCAAUACUGAACUGGUUUCAGAGCCAAACAUUACUGGAGGAGAUGAACAACGCCUUUGCCCUUCUUCCUCAAGGGGUGAUAUAGAACUGUAAGAGUUCUUUGAAAUUGGCUACAAAUGUCAAAAUCAUGGAUUGGAUUCCUCAGAAUGACCUCUUGGCACACCGUAGCAUCUGUGUGUUUGUUACACAUGGUGGAAUAAACAGUGUUAAUGAGGCUAUCCGGCAUGGUGUACUGGUGAGAAUUCCAGUUAAUGCAGACUAGCCCAUAAACAUGUUCCAUGUAGAAGCAAAAAAACUUGGUGUCUCACUUUCAAUGAUCAACCUCACAGCAGAAACAUUGGCUCUGAAAGUGAAACAAGUUAUAGAAGACAAGAGGUACAAGUCUGCAGCGGUGGCAGCCAGCAUCAUCAGGCACUCCCAGCCCUUCACCCCUGCCCAGCGCCUGGUGGGUUGGAUCGACCACAUCCUCCAGAAUAAGGGUGCAGAGCACCUCAGGCCUUAUACCUUACAGCAGCCGUGGACUGAGCUGCAUCUGCUCAACAUCUUCCUGUUCCUGCUGGGCUUCACUCUGGGUGUUCUGUGGCUUUGUGGGAAGCUGCUGAUCCUGCUGACCAGGUGGCUAAAGGCAGCCAGGAAGCUGAAGAAGACAUAAUGCUUAGUAUGGCCUAGCCAUGACGGUGUUGGAGAUUCUCUGGUUCUUUGCAGGCAUCCCCUUUUCAAGCCCAGGGCACUCUGAGGUUCUCUCCUUUCCUCCACCUAUUUUACAAUUGGCUCCUCU